CUUCGUUCGUUUUUCGGCCCAAUAAUGUCCCACGUACCAUUCAUUGGGACCACAGGUGUUUUGACAAGGCUACAGGACUUCUUACAUUGUGGUAGUUGGAAUAUAUUCCUAAUCUGUCCGUCACGAAAAUGUUUGUAUUUCAGGUACAUUACCACGUGCUCUGUGAUAAUAUUUAUAGUACCAGUAUUAGUCAUUUUCUACUGCUACUACAAGGUGUUCUGUAAACUACGAGAAGCGGCAAAGGGCUCUCGGCGAUUACAACGUUCGACCACGACCAGAACAUCGUACCAACGAGUAACACGAAGUGUUCAACGAGUCGUUCUUUUUCAUCUCCUAUGCUGGACACCGUUCUGGCUGUUCAAUCUGUUCUCGUCAAUAUUUCGUGUUCGCAUCACAUCACAACUGGAGCGUAUCGUUGUGAACAUCAUUCAUCUAUUCCCCUACGUGAAUUGUGCACUCAAUCCAUUGUUGUACGCCUAUAGAGCCGAGAACUUCCGCAUAGCGUUCAAGACCAUGUUCAUUUCUACAUUCAGGUACGAUUUACAUCCCUCUAACGCAGCGUGGCGGUCGCGUCGGGGGCGUACAGUUGCAUGA